UUUCAUCCUUACCAAACUUGAAAUGACAUCACAAUCUAAGAUAACUUAGAUACAAAUGAACAUUUUCUCGAUAGUGCCGAUUUGGAAUAGCUUCAGUUAGCCUAACGAACCGUUAAUUGCAUUUUCUACUCAGCCUUGUAAUCUAAUAAGCGCCGCCAUUCAACGGUUCCACUCGACCGCAGCCUCGGGUACCACUUGAUCACUCAGCUUGCCUAGCUGAGCGUCAAACUUGGUUUCACCCGGUCCCGUCAAGCCACAAUCAUCUCACAUCGGUUUCAUUUCCUCUCUACAUCACAAGGCUCAUCAUGGCCGACGCCCCAGGGCCAGAUUCGGAUCGAACUUUGUUGGACCGACUAAACGCCCUCAAACCUACCACGGUCAACCUAGACCCAUCGUCAAAGUCAGUUGUUGGUUCUACUAUAGAGCCGGCCAAACCUCUAUCAAGGGAGGAUGCACUCUCGGAAAGGCUAAAGAGCCUCCGAAAUCAAUCCGGUGACAAAGUAUUCGCCACAUCCGGCUCGGGGGCGAAUAAUGAAGGUGGUGAUACCAUUACUUCAUCAUCUCCGAACCAAACACCACAGCCACAGUCCGGCCCCCAAAGUUCGGUCAUAGAUCCGGAAGUAUCGGAUGCCGCACCCACGGAGGAAAGUAACGAUGAUGCCGAUCCACUACUCUUCACAGAUGACCAGACACUUGAGGAGCUGCUAGCGGAUCUAGAAUCUGAUCAACCAUGGCUCGAUGAAGUAGUAGCCGAGGAAGAAGAGCACCGUAGAGUUAUAUCGCUUCUAGAUGAAUUAGGGAAAUCAUCCAAGACCGACGAAGAUCCAGAUAAGGACCCCGACACCAAAGAUUCUUCUCAUAAUGACGGAGAUGAGGAUAAGAGUGAUGAUGAUUCCGACGGUGAACAAAUGACUCGUGAAGCUGACGACAUACUUGCCCAAGCUAUGGAUGAAGUGGAUUUAGAGAAGGCUAAUGAACCUCCUCCCUCUCAGUCUGAGCCUGGACCAACUUCGCCAAGCCACGACGUAAAACCGCCCACCCAAGGUGACCAAAUAGAUAACCCCAAACCGGCGCAGGAAAUCGGUGAAACAGACCCCUUCAACUUACCCGCAGUACCAUCAGACCUACAAGACCAACCGGGUGUCCCGGACUCUUCCCAAGACGACAAGGACGACGCCGAUUUCGCCGCAUCCAUCACCUCCCGCAUGGCCGCUCUCAGAGUUAACGUUUCUACUACCCGUACUCUCCCCUCAGCUCCGACCUCAGCUGUGGACGAUUUUGGUCUACCUGCAGCACCUACUUUCGCGCCGGCGGAUCGGCCCGCCCCGGGGUUGAUCAAGCGCUACGGGUUCACAGAUGAGGACCAGAAGACGUGGUGCGUUGUGUGCCUAGAAGACGGGACUAUCCGCUGCUUAGACUGUGAUGAUGAUGUGUACUGUGCGCGGUGCUGGAGGGAGAUGCAUGUUGGGCCGAGUGCUGGGUAUGAUGAGAGGGGACAUCGGUGGGAGAAGUUUGUUAGGGGGUGGUGAUGUUAUAUACCUACUGAAUGAAUGUAUGACUGCUUGUGAUUUUUUAUGGCGAUAAUGGAUUUGAUUGGAUUAGGCUUGAUUAUAUGCUAGAUACCCUAUUACGAUGCUCUAUACG